UAUGGACCUUUGGUCAACCACAUGCCAAAGUUACCACGAACUCAAAAGGCAAAUACUCCGUACAUAAUUUCGCUUCGAGGAGAAUUAGAUACUGAAUCUCUCUUUCGUAGUGCUGGCCUGCUGGGGGAUUCAUAGAUAAACUGCUGGUAGACAAAUUAGCCCUUUUUGCUUAAUCACUGAACUCGUAGAAAAGGAUUGGUAAACCUAUUAAAAACACAGCAUUGUGCAAAUUUGCACUAAAAUCAUGACAAGUAUUUAGGAAAUACCGAAUAGGGCCUGAAAGUGACCUUGCUCACAACGGCUGGCCGGACUCCAUCCAGCACUUGUUCUUCUUGAGACUAAUUAAAUGGUGUUUGAAGAAAUAUCCAAAAGCUGUGUCUAGUUUAUUCUUCCGAGACCACUUACGUUUUGUAUCUUAAAAAAGCUCUCUUCAUUCAUCAGGUUGUACAAAAAAUUGACUGCAAAUUAAUAAGCCAGCAAAUGUUUGCCCAUGGGAAAACACGGUUAAGCACUAAAGCAACGAGAUCCCCCAAAUCUAUUCACUGCAUAUCAUAGCCCCAUUUUGGUUCUGGCUCUGUCUGCUUGUACUGUUUGUAUGGCUUUCUUGGGUGCUCAGCUCGUCAGCUGCAUUGCACAAUCAGGACACGAGUUUAAUUUUUCGCUGGUUCCAAACCUGCCAAAUGGACCUGGUGAACAAUGUUGCGGCUUUGGAUGCUUUGUACCCUGUCGAAAUCAAGUGCUUGGCCGGCUGGAACUGUUGCAACACUGUGGAACGCCUUUGACUCCUUCUGUUCAGUUCUCCUACCAAAUGUAAUGUAACUCUCCUCCCACUCCCAGGCACCAACGGUAGCAGCAGCAAUGAGUUAUCAUCACUUCGUAAUCAUGGUGCUUUGCAUCUGUUGCUUCUUAUUAUCCAUCCAUGUCCCUCUCACUACCGCACUCUCCUUCAGCUUCAAUUUCUCUGCUCCUGGCUCCUAUUGUGCCCCGGAUGCGGAGAUUGCCUGCGCCGGCGACGCCUACUUCCACACCCCUGUCAUGGAGCUGACCAAGAACGACAUCAGUGAAGGUAACAACCGCAGCAUCGGCCGUGUGUGGUACAUGCAACCGGUGCCACUAUGGGACAAGGCCACAGGUGAGGUGGCCAGCUUCAGCACUUCUUUCUCCUUCCAAAUCAAGCCGGUCAAUGCGGAUUUUAGCGCCGAUGGGAUGGCCUUCUUCCUCGGACACUACCCAUCAGGCAUCCCUCCGGGGAGCUACGGUGCGAACCUUGGACUUUUCAAUGGCAGCAACAACAAGAAUGCGACGGGAAGCGAUCGUAUUGUAGCGGUCGAGUUCGACACCUACAAGAACACGGAAUGGGAGGGGGAUGACAACCACGUUGGAAUCAAUGUCAACUCCAUUGUUUCGGUCGUGUCGACCUCACCUGAUCAGAAACUUAUACUAGGUAACACCAUGACCGCUGAGAUCAGCUACGACAACAUCACAGAGAAUUUUUCAGUUACUCUCUGGAUGGAAGAAACCUCGUACAGGAUCAACACAAGCAUUGACAUGAGAAUAUGCUUGCCUGAGGAGGUAGCCAUUGGUUUCUCUGCAGCUACUGGUAGCUCCAUUGAGGUACACAGGGUUCUCUCAUGGUCAUUCAACUCCACCCUAGAAGGGAAGGGUUCUUCGAUAACGCUGCCAGGAGCAGCACCUUUACCGGCUGAAACUACGAGCUCGAAACUGCAAGCAAAUGUACAUGCUACAAUAGCAUCCUCAGUUGCAAUAUUAUCUGUGUUGGUGUGUGCUGUCAUGGGCUUUCUUUUGUGGAAGCGACGAGCAUGGAAGAAAGCAACUGAAAUCUCUGAUGGCGAAUUUGAAGAUGGGAUUGAUAAGGCUGAAUUUGAUAAAGGAGGGUUUGGCCCUAGGAGGUAUCAUUACAGUGAGCUUGCCGCUGCGACGAACAACUUCGCAGAGGAGAGGAAGCUAGGGAGAGGAGGUUUCGGCCAUGUUUACCAGGGUUGCCUGCGGAUUAACGAUGAGGAUCACCAUGUUGCUAUAAAGAAGUUAUCGCCUGAAUCAUCUGUUCAAGGGAGGAAGGAGUUUGAGGCUGAGGUUAAGAUCAUAAGCCGGCUCCGGCAUCGGAACCUUGUCCAGUUAAUUGGGUGGUGUGACAGUUGCAAGGGGCUCUUGAUUGUUUAUGAGCUCGUAUCAGAAGGAAGUCUUGACAAGCAUAUAUAUAAUAAUUCCAGUCUGCUAAAAUGGCCUGACAGGUACAAUAUCAUCAUUGGCCUUGGCUCUGCAGUGCGCUAUCUCCAUACAGAGUGGGAGCAGAGCAUCGUGCACGGUGACAUCAAGCCCAGCAACAUCAUGCUCGACUCAUCCUACAACACCAAGCUGGGGGACUUUGGCCUGGCAAGGCUUGUGGACCACGGAGCCAAUUCACAGACGACGAAAGUCGUGAUGGGUACCGCCGGAUACAUUGACCCUGAGUUCGUCAACACUCGCAGGCCGAGCACCGAGUCGGACGUCUACAGCUUCGGCAUCGUCCUCCUGGAGAUGGUCUCUGGCCGGCACCCGGUGAUUGAGUCAGAGGACAAGCUCUUCGUGCUGCUGAGAUGGGUCUGGGACCUGCACGUCAAGAAGGCUACCAUUGAAGCGGUGGACAAGAGGCUGAGGGGUGGUGAUGAGAUGGAGGAGCGGCAGAUGGAGAGGGUGCUGGUCGUUGGGCUUUGGUGCGCGCACCCGGACCGGAGCGAGCGGCCGUCCAUGGCGCAGGCGAUGCAUGUCCUGCAGUCUGAGGAUGCCAAGCUGCCGCGGUUUGGGGCUCAGAUGUACAGAGCUGAGCCUGUUCUUCCCAUGGGAUCAGAACAUGGUUACACUGAUCUGUCGGUGUGGGCGCCAUCCACUGGCUCCAUUGUGAUUGGUUCUGAUGCAGAGUAUCACAAGGCCAUGGAGAUGAAGACAUCGAGUUGCCUUCUCGGCCUCAGCUUCCCCUGCUUGCUCCUCCUGGUAAUAUUUCCCUGUGCCACCUCGCUUAGCUUCAACUACAACUUCUCCGGCGCCGACGCCGGUGUCCUCACAGACGCUGGCAUCCUCAAGUACAUGGAGGACUCUGCCGCCGCCACGGAUCGGAUCGAGCUGACGAACACCUCGAGGUCGUGGAGUACCGGGCGCGUAGCACACAUGCAACCGGUGCGUCUCUGGGAGGACAAGAAGUACGUCGCCAGCUUCACCAGCAGCUUCACCUUCGCCAUCGUCGAGUCCAGCGACGGCCGGCCGCGGGGCGAUGGGAUGGCGUUCUUCGUGGCGCCGUAUACUACGAGCCCGCGGGAGAUGCCGGUGGAGAUGCCGCAGGACGCGAGGGGCGGGUUCCUGGCCCUGUUCAACAACCCCAACAACUCGGCCAACACUCUCCCGCGGACCGUCGCCGUGGAGUUGGACACCAACAGGAACGACGGUUGGGACCCUCCAAGUCCCAUCAUCGACCACAUCGGCAUCGACGUCAAUGACAUCAGGUCCAUCAAGUACGAAAACCUUACGAGCGGGAGCUUGAACGGGAUCAUGUCGGCGUUGGUCAGGUACGAUGCCAAAGCGGCCACGCUCUCCGCCACCCUGUGGUUCGUCGACCCACCGCGGCAGGGUCCUGUCACCGUCAGCGCCAACGUUGACCUGCGGGAGGCCGGUCUGCCGCAGGACGCGGCGGUCGGGUUCUCGGCGGCCACCGGGAAUUCCAGCGAGCUGCACCAGAUUCUUGCUUGGUCAUUCGAGUCCACUAUGACCGACACAACGACCAAAAACAUAGGUCUCGUAGCCGGGCUAGUAUCCGGUGGUGUCUUCAUAUUGCUCGCAAUAGCCGCAUGGGUCGGCUACCUCCAAUAUCAUAAAAGGAAGGGCAUGCAAUUAGAAGAUGCAGAGAUCCACCUUGACCAAGACAUGGACGAGGAGUUCGAGAUGUGCGGCCCUCGAAAAUUUAGUUACACCGAGCUCUCACAGGCGACACAGGGAUUCUCCGAAAAGGAGAAGCUGGGCGGGGGCGGGUUCGGAGCAGUCUACCGAGGGUUCUUGCAAGAGCAGGUGCUCCAUGUGGCCAUCAAGAAGGUCUCCGAGACGUCGCGCCAAGGAAGGAGAGAGUACAUCGCAGAGGUGACCAUCAUCGGAAGGCUGAGGCAUCGCAAUCUCGUCAACCUUGUCGGGUGGUGCCAUAAAUCAGAUGAGUUCCUGCUCGUCUACGAGUUGAUGGAGAACCGCAGCCUUGACGUCCAUCUCUACAAUUCCAAACAAGUCCUAGCAUGGCCAACCAGGUACAAGAUCAUUCUCGGCAUGGGCUCUGCUCUGUUUUACCUCCACCAGGAAUGCGAGCAGUGUGUCUUGCACAGGGACAUCAAGCCGAGCAACGUGAUGCUGGAUUCAUCUUUCAACGCCAAGCUAGGAGACUUCGGGCUCGCAAGGCUCGUCGAUCACAGCCGCGGUGGGUUCACAACGGCGCAGGUUGCCGGCACCAGGGGCUACAUGGAUCCGGAGUACGUGUACAGCGGAAGGGCCACCACCGAGUCAGAUGUCUACAGCUUUGGGGUCGUCCUGCUGGAGAUCGCUUGUGGUCGUAGGCCCGUCAUCGAGCACAGGGACGAGAGCAAGGUCGUGCUCGUGGAUUGGGUCUGGGCGCUCCACGGGCGAAAGAUGCUCUUGGACGCGGUGGAUGCACGGCUCGACGGCGGCUUCGACGCGCAAGAGAUGGAGCGGGUGCUGGUGGUGGGCCUUUGGUGCGUGCACCCAGACUACGGCUUCCGGCCGUCCAUUCGACAAGCCCUGAACGUGCUCCGGUGCGAGGCGCAGCUUCCGGACCUGCCACCGGAGAUGCCUGUGGCGACAUACGCGCGGCCACACGCAGUGCACGGAUGGAGCUCCUACAUGUCGUCGUCAACUGGGGCUGGGAGUAGCGCCACCACAGGGGGGCGUUCGUCCAAAAGUGACCAGAUGAUAGGUUCGGCGAAGAGCCAUUCUUUCGCUACUGCUGCCGACACCGGGGGUGCUACAAGGCCGAGUGCAGCCGCGGCGGAUCAGAACGACGCCACUAGCUCUACUGGAGAACAUUCGGGCAAUGGCUGAGCAUUUCGGGUCCACGCAUUAAUUCUUCUUAGCACGAUGUCUUGUUUUCAUGUUAGUCAAUGCGUACUGUUUAGUUGCUAGUAUAUUUCUGUGUGUUGAAUCUUUUUCUUUUCUUUCUAUCGGUUCAUUUCUGGCAUUGUCCGAGUUAUAUGUGAUUGUACAAUUAUCCAUUACUGCGUUUUGUUCCCUUCUUAUAUAUUGAUGAACGUGCCGGUUCA